CAGAUGGAAUUAUUUGCUGGAAAACCGUUGCUCGGUCCCGAUGGCUCAGAAGUCGAUGCAGAAAAGGCACUUAAAGGAAAGGUAAUGAUAGCGCUCUAUUUCUCUGCCAUGUGGUGUCCGCAUUGCCGUCAAUUCACACCGAAACUAACCCGGUUCUAUAGCGCACUCAAGGACAGUGGCAAAGACUUCGAGAUUGUUCUAGUGUCACGUGAUCGUGAAGAUGAAGAUCUAAAAGAGUAUCUAACCGAACAUUGCGGCGGUUGGUUCGGAAUUCCAUUCGGAGACGAAAGAAUCAAAAAAUUCCUGGAAAAGUAUGAAGUGCCGACGAUACCUGCGCUGAAGGUGCUGAACGCAGAUGGUUCGGUUCUCAUAGCAGACGCAAGAAAUGAGGUUACGGAAAAAGGCGGCGACAAUCCUGUUCAGUUGUUCGAAGAGUGGCAGAAGAAACUGUGA